AUUCAAAAUACAUUUUUCUACCGGCUUCCGGUUUAAAAUAUUAUGCUCAAGAUGCCGCAGCGUCUUUUGUUUUGUUUGGCUAGCAGUUGGUGAUCCUGGGUAAAAUUGUAAACAAAGUUCUAAUGAUAAAAAGACCGACUCUAAUUAAAAAUGUACUGAUUGUACCCGGGACGCCGCGACGGUGAUUACAAUGAUUAGAAUAAUACAAAAUACGAAAUACAAAAUACAAAUUACUGACUAUUACGGUUUUUGGACCGUUGUAAACUUGUAAACCUCUAUCUGUCAUAUUAUAUUUUUACAACUUAAACAGUUUUAAAUUUAUAAAUAUAAGAGUAUUGACAACUGUAUCAUAACAUGAAUUUGCAUUAGAUUUUUUGAAGAAACACUAGGUGGUGAAGCCACCAAUUUUAUAUUUUCCAUAAUCACUUACAAAGAACGUUUCGGUUUGCGCUACAAUUUAGUAAACAGUAAGUGAAUUUUAAAUGAAUAAGUGCGAUGGCCCUGAUAGAAUAUUACUUAUCGACCAGCCAGAUCGUACUGCAAGCCAAGAGCACGGAUCCAUUGACUUGGCAAAAAUUGCACUCAUUGUUACCAUUAUUACAUGAGCAUCUAUCUUGUCAGGUAUGUCAUAAACUGGUCGACCGACUUAAUCCCUAUUUAGACGGAUACGCAUGUACAGUGUGUGUGAAUCACCAGAUAACCGAAAACCCGUCUAGCGCAAUAAUACAAUGCUACAAGAAACUGUGUGCUUAUAUACAUAGCUCGCCACUGUAUAAAGUUAUGUGCACAAGAGUUGAAGACAAACGGUUAGUCGAAUUAGUAACCGAAGUUAUUAGUCUACCUCGAUCAAUUAAUGGUUACAGUGGAAUGGUAAAUGGUACAGUGAUUAAACAAGAAAAAAAAGAAAAGGAUAUUGAAGACGAUUCUACGUUAAUGGUAAAUGGUACAAUGAAUAAACAAGAAAUAAAAGAAGAGGAUAUUGAAGACGAUUCUACGUUAAUGGUAAAUGGUACAAUGAAUAAACAAGAAAUAAAAGAAGAGGAUAUUGAAGACGAUUUUACGUUAAUGGUAAAUGGUAUAAUGAAUAAACAAGAAAUAAAAGAAGAGAAUAGUAAAGACGAUAUUACGUUAAUCUCAUCAUCAGAUAUUCAAUUGCCCACUGUAAACGAAACACCAGAAGAUUAUAUUAACUACCAAAUAUUUGAUGUACAAUCCCAGAAACACAAAAUUCAAAAUCAAUCUGUAUUCAACAAUAUUCCUAAAAAGAAGAAAAAUGAACGCCGUUGGGGCUGUCGAUGUGGUAAUGCUACAACUACUCCUGGCAAGCUAACAUGUUUUGGACAGAGAUGUCCCUGUUAUACAGAACAAAAACCUUGUGAUCAAUGCAAAUGUAGAGGGUGCAGAAAUCCUAGACAGAAAAGGUCCAAUAAUGAUGACAACUUAGAAAUAGAUCAAAUACGUCGGAAACCAGUGACCUUAGAAUUAGUAUCUUCACUCAAGCCUUCUUCACAUAAUAAUAGCAAUUCGCUAUUUAGUGCUUAUACAAUGCACGAUAUGUUACAGUUUUCUUCACACAGUCAACAAUUCGAUCAAGGUGGGACUGAAGACAAUCUUGGACAUGUGAACUCUAUUUUCCAUUCUCCUUGAAUCAGUGAAUCAGUGGUGGAUCCAGGGGGAAGGCAAAGGGGGCAUUUGCCCUCCCAAUUGCCAUAGUUUACCUUUGUUUUACACUAUGUUUAGGCAAUUUUGGAACUUUUUGUACUUUUGCCCUCCCCGCCCUAGAUGCCCCUCCCAUAAUUAAGCCCUGGAUCCGACACUGCCUUCAAUAACCGUUAUUGAACAUUAUUAAGUGUAACUAGUGUUGUAUGCUAUCUGAAGGAAUGAGGGUGUUGUAUACUAUGAACAACAGAUAUGUUACCUACCGUAAAUUGGGAUGACUUCGUAGGGUGAUUCUGGACAAUACCAUGUUCAAACACAAAAUUCAACUUUUUAUAAAAGUGUGGACAUCAAUGAUGUUAAUUAUUAUUUUUUGCCAUGUGAUUUCAACAUACUUAAAGAAUGUGGUAUAUUUUACUAAAAUCUGUCCGGAUUCACCCCAUUUUACUUAAAUUCAUUUAAUUUCUAUAAUUCAUUUAUCAUUUCUCUUAAAUCAUUUUUUUAUUUGAAAUCAGCAUAUUAUGUAUUAUUGAACUUUCAUAAAUAUUUAAAGGUUACUUUGAAAACUUAAAAUAAAUCGAAUAAAAAAGUUUGAAUAACCGACCCUAAACAUUCUUAUUUAAGCGUUUUAUCAUGAAGAGUCUUUAUUUCAAAAUAGAAAAAAUAUUGUAUAUUAUUCUUUAUAAUUUAUAACUCAUCACAUAUAAUAUUAACAUUUAAUAAAACUCACUGGACACUAUAUACCAAAAAAUACAUAAUUAACAAUUAGGUAAAAACUCAUAACUAAAAUUCUUUUGGUAUUAGGUCUAGAUAAUAAUAUCUGCACACUACUAAACUAUUUACUGUAAGAAAUGUAGGUAAAAUGUAGCAUACAACACUAAUGUAUUAUCUACUCAUGGGUACAAUACAACACCAGUAACAGUCAGUACUAUCUCUUUAAGAGGACGUAACACUGGUAUUUGCUAUCUCCGUCUUGAGCAGAAUAUUCGUAGCAUUAUUAGUUUAAACGUUAAAG